UGAUUUCGUUUGAAUCGAUCGACAAAUUGCUAUGAAUUUAACAAAUUUAUCCGAAGAAGAGUUUGAAUGCAUUUCACAUCAACUCAAGAGUCGAUUGUCUUGUAUUGGUUUAGAAGAAUAUCCAUUCAAAAUCCAAUGGUAUAAUGAAAUGGUUUCACCGAAAUUUCGACUUCCAUUCGAUGACAAUUGUAUGGCAUUUGCGAUCAUUAGUACUCCAGAUAUGUUUGAAUUGGCUUUCCUUCCAUUCUUGAGGACCCGUCUCUUUGAUCACAACUCAAACAAUGAUCCCAUCGAUGAGUGUAUGAAAUAUCACUUAAACUCCAUUAAAUCGGAUUUUAGUGGCAUUGAUGUGGAGGUGAUUCACGACUUUGAGCUCUUUAUGCCGAACCGGAGACCGAAAGUGUUGGUUCAGACGGCAGCCCACGUAAGCGGUGCCGCCUUUUACUACAAACCCGAUGUGAUUGAAGGCAUAUCGGCGUCGGACCGACUGUUAGGCGUUUGCAUUCACCCACGUUUUGGCGGUUGGUUUGCCAUCAGAGGGAUUGUCGUGUUUACGAGUCUUACCACUGAUUCACUUGAGAGAAGACAACCUAAAGAUGUGAUCCAAGCGUUGGAACUGAAGAAGAAGUUGUUGUAUAAGUUUAACAUCGAUUGGAAAGACUGGUCCUAUCGGGACAUUAUUCCUGUCGUUAAAAAGUAUAGCGAUUUGCAAAUCAAAUACUUUUCGCUCAAACCCUGCGAUCGCAAAGAAUACCUCAAUUAUUUAAUAAAUUUACAAAAUUAAUGUUUAGUUUUAAAUACC